AAAUAAUCUUGCAUUUACCCAUGAUACAUUACGGGUUUUAUCCUCUCGAACAUGGCCAGAGUUGCUACACCGGAGACCACUGCCACAGCCGUGAGAAAAACGAGGAGAAUCCUGAACACAACUGGAAUAAAUUAAUUCCGGAUUUUGUCCUAGCUAGGUAGGUAACUUUAGCUUUAUUUGUAACGUUAUUUCUGAUAGCUAACGUUAGCUACUGUACCGGUAGUUAUCUAGGCUAGCUAGCUAUCAACUACGAGUCAUCCAGCUAUCAAACUCCAAAGAACAUUCGAUAAACGGAUAACUAGGAAAUCGGAGUUUUAUAAAGAUGCCAGAGUUUGCGAGUUGGAAAUCCGUGUUGGAUGACCGUUCAAAACUAUUUUUCACAGUAGGGACUCGAGUUCCCAGUUCGUUGUUUGAACGCGGCAUAACCUAAUAGCUAAGCUAACGCUACAACACAACUUCUGAACAGAAGAAGAGCUAUGAUAUGAUUGAUUUAACUCCGUUUUGAUUGUCGUCGACGCAGAAGUAAACAAUCAAUGUUUGUUUGCGGGCUAGCUAACUAACGCGUUAACUAGCUAAAUUCGUUGCUAGUUAGUUAAUAACUAGUUAGCUAUGUAGCAAUGAUGACUUGAUAACGUUAGCUAGCUAGCUAGAUAGGCCCAUUUUAUUGUUUACUACUACAGUAGCUACUAGUACUAGCUACAUUUAGGCUGAAUCUGCAGAAAAUGUUAUAUAAUUAACGCCUUGUUAUUUCGGUCAUACAAAAGUUAACAGGAAAAGUCUAUUCAGUGUGGGGUAAACAUUCCAUCCUGUUGAGUGGCCUCAAAAUAGCCUAUUUUUGGCCCAAUAAAUAUGUAUUGUUUUCCAUAUGGUCUGGUUGGUAAUAUCACCCACAUUAGACAGUUGAAUGUGAGGCUUGUAUGUGUACUCAGGUAAUAGUAAUAGCUAACAUUUCCUUCCUCCUCUCAGUCUAUACAGGUGAGCACCCUAACAUACUUUACACUGGCCUGGCCCCUCUCUCCCAUCCCCUCUGCUUAACUGCGUGUGGGGGUGACUGAGAGAAACGCACAGUCCGAUUUACAAUAUCCCUGUGUCUGGGCUGGGGAACCAUAGACAGUGACGUGAGUGAGCAGCAGUCAGUGUGUCAAUCUCACUCACAACCCGUUCACCAUGGGUGACAUCAGCGAUCUGGACAGGCAGAUCGACCAGCUGAGGAGGUGUGAGCUCAUUAAGGAAAAUGAAGUCAAAGCCCUUUGUGCCAAAGCAAGGUAACAACGAAAUGACAACUGAUUAUUUCUCUGUCCAUUACUUCUUAAUGAUUGUGUGGUGCAUGAAAUUGUUUCUUCAAAUUAAUUUGAGCUAUAUCAUAUUCCUAAUACAUUGCAUGGCAGUCUACAGAAGAAUAUCCUUGCAACGUAAACUCAUUUGUAAACUUUUUUCUUUUUUUAUAACUAUGUUCUAACUAAGCAAGGGGAAGUUUGACAUCUGUGUCCCUUUCUACUUUAUUUCCAGAGAGAUUCUUGUGGAGGAAAGCAACGUACAGAGAGUUGAUUCCCCAGUUACAGUAUGUGAAGCGGAUACUUAAUGUCUCUCUUUAACGUGUACAUUAAAAUGUAUGACAUUGAUUUGUUCUCAAUUCUGUGCCAUUCCAGGUGUGUGGCGAUAUUCACGGGCAGUUUUAUGACCUAAAGGAAUUAUUCAGAGUAAGUUUGAUCAGGCCAUUUUAAGAUUUGGUCCUUAGCCCAAACUUAGACCCCUUUGUUAAUUAUUUCAUUUAUUAAUAAGACUGGGUCUAAUCGUAUUCAAUAGAGAAUGUGUUCGAGAGAACUCACGAUCAAAUGACUGUACCUGUGUAGCAGCACGUGUUCCACGUCGGAAUGUACAGUACCAGUCAAAAGUUUGGACACACUUACUCAUUCCAGGGUUUUUCUUUAUUUUUACUAUUUUUUACAUUGUAGAAUAAUAGUGAAGACAUCAAAACUAUGAAAUAACACAUAUGGAAUCAUGUAGUAACCAAAAAAGUAUUGAAAAAAUCAAAGUAUAUUUGAGAUUCUUCAAAGUAGCCACCCUUUGCCUUGAUGACAUCUUUGCACACCUUUGGCAUUCUCUCAACCAGCUUCAUGAGGUAGUCACCUGGAAUGCAUUUCAAUUAACAGGUGUGCCUUGUUAAUUUGUGUAAUUUCUUUCCUUCUUAAUGCGUUUGAGCCAGUCAGUUGUGUUGUGACAAGGUAGGGGUGGUAUACAGAAGAUGGCCCUAUUUGGUAAAAGAUCAAGUCCAUAUUAUGGCAAGAGCAGCUCAAAUAAGCAAAGAGAAAUGACAGUCCAUUAUUACUUUAAGACAUGAAGGUCAGUCAAUCUGGAAAAUGUCAAGAACUUUGAAAGUUUCUACAAGCGCUAUGAUGAAACUGGCUCUCAUGAGGACCGCCACAGGAAAGGAAGACCCAGAGUUACCUCUGCUGCAGAGGAUAAGUUCAUUAGAGAACUUAAUAUUUCAGCCCUAAUAAAUGCUUCACAGAGUUCAAGUAACAGACACAUCUCAACAUCAACUGUUCAGAGGAGACUGCGUGAAUCAGGCCUCCAUGGUCGAAUUGCUGCAAAGAAACCACUACUAAAGGGCACCAAUAAGAAGAAGAGACGUGCUUGGGCCAAGAAACACGAGCAAUGGGCAUUAGACCGAUGGAAAUCUGUCCUUUGGUCUGAUGAGUCCAAAUUUGAGAUUUUGGGUUCCAACCGCUGUGUCUUUGUGAGAAGCAGAGUAGGUUAACGGGUUAUCGCAUGUCUGGGUCCCACCGUGAAGCAUGGAGGAGGAGGUGUAAUGGUGUGGGGGUGCUUUGCUGGUGACACUGUCUGUGAUUUUAUUUAGAAUUCAAGGCACACUUAACCAGCAUGGCUACCACAGCAUUCUGCAGCGAUACGCCAUCCCAUCUGGUUUGCGCUUAGUGGGACUAUAAUUUGUUUUUCAACAGGACAAUGUUGAAAAAUGUUGUGUAAGGGCUAUUUGACCAAGAAGGAGAGUGAUGGAGUGUUGCAUCAGAUGACCUGGCCUCUACAAUCUCCUGACCUCAACCCAAUUGAGAUGGUUUGGGAUGAGUCGGACCGCAGAGUGAAGGAAAAGCAGCCAACAAGUGCUCAGCAUAUUUGGGAACUCCUUCAAGAUAAUUGGAAAAGCAUUCCUCAUGAAGCAGGUUGGGAGAAUGCCAACUGUGUGCAAAGCUGUCAUCAAGGCAAAGGGUGGCUACUUUGAAGAAUUUAUAAUAUAUUUUGAUUUGUUUAUCACUUUUUUGGUUACUACAUGAUUCCAUAUGUGUUAUUUCAUAGUUUUGAUGUCUUCACUAUUAUUCUGCGAUGUAGAAAAAAAUAAAGAAAAACCCUUGAACGAGUAGGUGUCCAAAGUUUUGACUGGUUCUGUAUAUCCAUAGUCGGUAGGCUUGGGCGGUAUGCCUUAUACAGUAUACCGGGGUAUUUGGAAAUAGCCACGGGAUGAUUUUUCAAUACCUUUGAAACUAUGUCUUUUGAAGUUUUUUAUUUUAUUUAUUUGAAUAUUUGUAGCUACUUAAGUAAAUACCUGCAAUCAACUUGUGAAAUAUAUUAGGAGAUAAAGAAGAUCGCGUUCUUCAUGUCACAACUUUUAAUUGAGGUUUACCGGUAGUCCCAAGUCACGUGCUGUUUGUUUACAAGCCCACAGCGACAAGAGACCGGAGCCUUGUGAGUCACUCACUUUUGUGCAGCACCCGCCAGGUGAUGAUGUUACAGUAUGGAAUUCACAACUAAAUGUUUGCCAGCAAGAUAUCUUAUAACUAAGUUAACUGUCUAAAAUUAGCUAAAUGCUCUGCAGUUGUGUAUUUGGUUUGCUAAUUUAGUAGCUAGCUAGCUAUCUAGCUAAGUGCUUAGCUUCUUCCAAAAUCAAGUUUCACUUGGUAACUGCAUAGAAUACCCUCCUGGAUUAAGAGCCUUGCUGUCUAUUUGUUUUGUGCGUGCAGCAAACCGUGAGUAGUAUUUUUGCAAAUGGUUAGGUCAUAGACUGUAUAAAAUGUUCGCACUGCGCUCGUUAGCAUUUAGUUAGCAUUCUCUAUGGGAUUUGACAUGUACUUGUUAGUAUUGCUAACCUUCGGAUUAUAGAGGCUCAGGGGGUUUGAAAAUAGCGUCCCUUGUGUUCAGUGCCGGUAUUACCGAAUAUCCCAGUAUGGCACAAGGUUGGUAUGACAAUCUGCAUACCGCCCAAGCCUAAUAGUCGGUUGACAGUACUUCUUAAAAAGUUGUCUUACAUCACCGAGCAGUGCACAAUAAACUAUUAAAUCCAAUUGUUAGAUGCUACCACCCACCUCCAAAUCAAUGUUUGCGCACGCAUAUGCCAUUCUACUUUUUGUGUUCAUCUCUGUGGCAGCAUGGUGCCCGUAUUGCGAGGCUGAUUUAGCUAGGACAAACAGCUGUGAAACACAGAGGCAGGUGUGCGUGCAAAGUGAGAACAACAUGGAAUCCAUGUUUGGUUUUGAUUUGGAGGGGGAUGGUAGCAUUUAACAAUUGGAUUUAAUAGUUUCUUGUGCACUGCUCGGUGAUGUAAGGGACGACUUUUUAAGAAAUGUCUACCGACUAUGGAUAUAUAUUCCAACGUGGAACAGGUGCUGCUACACAGGUGCAGUCAUUUGAUCAUGAGUUAUCUCGAACGCAUUCGCUAUGGAAUACGAUUAGACCCAGUCUUAUUAAUAAAUGAAAUAGUAAAGGGGUGUAAGUUUGGGCUAGGUGGUCCUCAACCCUCAUUCUGUUUGUGUUGAGCUUUGGGCUCUGUUUUUUGAAUUAAUACUUUUUGAAUUGUCUUGACUAAUAGUGUGACCUAUGCAUUUCAGGUUGGCGGUGAUGUUCCAGAGACAAACUACCUCUUCAUGGGAGAUUUCGUGGACCGAGGAUUCUACAGUGUGGAGACGUUUCUGCUGCUACUCGCUCUCAAGGUACAGACCAAAGCUUAUUGGCUUUUGUGUAAUUCAUUUGCGCACAAUGGUGUCUCCCAUACAUUAGCCUACAUCUGUGGCUGAGUUGGAAUAACCAUACUUGCGUCCUAAAUAGUAAGGCGUUUGAGUGUUUUUUUUUAAUAGUAUUUAACAUUUUGAAAAUCAAGUCUACUUUAAAUGCCUGGAUGUCCUACUCAUUUUGGCUUUGACAACAGCUGACAAUCAGAAAUGGGGAUGUGCUACCGAAUUUAACCAAUAACGUGAAAUUACGCAUUCUCAGUAUGCAAAAAUAAAACGUUUUUAUAGUGUGAAUUUUUUCGAGAAUCGAGUAUGGUUUAAAUGCCAGGAUGUUAUACUAAUUUCGGCUCUUCAUCUAGUAGAAUUCGAUGCAAAUUUUUCCAGAAUGCAUUCGAAGAGGUGGGCUGCGAGUGAUAGGCUGUAGUUCUCUUCAAGUAGCCAAACAGCAAAACUAGGCUACUUAAUUGGGAAGAUACCAAAUAGCGACGCUUCUGCGGUGGUGUUCAAAUGUAGGCUAAGUAGUUUUUGUUCUCCUUAAAAUGAUCAUGAGUAUUGCAUCGUAGGCUACAUCUUUAAACACAGAAGUUUUUUUUUUUUUUUACCCAAAGCAUAUUUAUGUUCUCCAUUAGUGUUUCUUGUUCUCAUGGCCUUUGUCAGAGCUUUUAAACUAAACUAAAUACUAACCCAUCUUUUGAUUUCUGAAUGUGCUGUCACCAGGGACUCGGGAUGUGGCUGCAUUAUUGAUGCCAUGUUAAUCAGGCCUGUUGAUUUGAACAUAUGGAUUGUUUUAGUUUUGUAGGCUUGGCUACCUAUUUAAUUUAUGGAUCAAGCCUUAGCAGUCAUUCUGAUUUUGUUCCCAAUGAUCAGUGCUUUAGUUUGUUGCUGUCUAGCGGUUCUGAAUUUGCGAUGCACACAACUGCCCACUUUUGUCUAUGCAAUAGCUUUUUGAUUUAAACAUUAAAAAAGUUGAGUAUGUACUAGGCUUUGAUUGAAUUUGAUUGAAUUUAUAUGUUACAGCACUUUGAUUUCACUAAUAAAUAUGUUGAAAUGGAACCAAAUGAUCUGUCUUCAGUCUUUUUUAAAUAGGACAGAUGGGCGUUAUGGGCUAUGGUGUUGGUCGAAUGUGACCAGCCUGAGUGGAUCUAUAACUCAAUUCCUAUUCUAUUCAGAGUUUAAAGAAAUUAAAGUUGUUAAUUUAGAGAAAAUCGAAUUGGAAAGAGCCAUUAUCAGGCUGGUUAAUGCGAUGCAUGUCUGAAUUUGGAAAAAUCCACUCACACUUGGCCCUGCCCCACCCACUCAGCCAGUCAGGAGAUGUUACUGCAUUGCAGCCGUGGCAUACUGCAUCAUUUUUACUAAAUGUUAUUUGCUAAAUAGUAUGUGACGAUGAGUACAUAAUAUGCAGUUUAAGUAUGUAGUACGCUAGUAUGGGCAUUUGGACAAGGCCAGUGUCUUAUGACACUAUGCUCUGUGGAUCCAGUUGACUCUGUUCUUAAUCUCUCUCCAUACCCACAGUUCUUCUGAAGCUCCAUACCGGCUGUCCGUCUCAUUCUUUGCAACAUGUCUCUUUCUCCUUAUUCCUGUCUCUCUUUCCCUAUACAGUCUCCUUUUAACUUUCUUUCCCUCUCUGAAAUACCUGUCCAGAAUACAAAUCUUUAUGGAAAAAAAAAUCCAAGGCAUUCUUCAACAUUCUUGUAAUCCUAAUGCCUUUUUUAAACUGGCAUGUCUGCAAGGAUAUUUAAAAAUAACAGUUGUCUUGCCCUGUCCAGGUCCGCUACCCUGACCGCAUCACGCUGAUCCGCGGCAACCACGAGUCACGGCAGAUCACACAGGUGUAUGGCUUCUAUGACGAGUGCUUGAGGAAGUAUGGCUCGGUCACUGUGUGGCGAUACUGCACCGAGAUCUUUGACUACCUCUCCCUCUCCGCCAUCAUCGACGGCAAGGUACAGGACUCCUUUUUUAAAGUUUUGUUGUGUAACUUGUAUGCGACUGAGAUAUUCAGUUGUUUACAAUAUUAUAAUAAAAUUGUCUAGUUAUGUCCCAACUCUAAACGGCCUCAAUGAUCAUACAGAGAUCUGUCGAUGGGACUAAUUCAAUGCUUUGUAUGUUUCAAAUAAGUAUUUAUAAGAAUGAUGUCCUUGUGGUGUGCAGUCAUUUAAGGGUUAUGCCGUUUCUCUCUGCAGAUAUUCUGUGUGCACGGUGGCCUCUCACCCUCCAUCCAAACGCUGGACCAGAUCCGAACCAUCGACCGGAAGCAGGAGGUGCCUCACGACGGGCCCAUGUGUGACUUACUGUGGUCGGACCCAGAGGGUGUGUGUGUUUGUGUGUGUCCAAAACAUACCAAUGACUUUCAGUUACUCAAUCUAAAGAGGCAGACAUAAACCCCACUUCCUCUGUCCAACCACAAUCUGUUUUUGUCUCUAUUGGUGGUGUUAUUGAUAUUUUAGUCUAUGACUGUGUCCCAGUACUCUUUAAUGGCUUCUUCUCGCCUCUUCCCUCUUGCUCAUAAAUCUAUCACUGGACUUGAUAGGUUUUGACAUUGUUGCUUCUUUCUAUCAAGUUGAUUUCAGAUCCGUGGUCAUGAAGGACAUGGCCUGUAUGGAUUUGGAGUCUUCUGCAACAGCUUUGUUUUAUAGUGAAUAAAUACAAUCUUUUGUGAUCCAGACACCACGGGGUGGGGUGUGAGCCCAAGGGGGGCAGGCUACCUGUUCGGCAGUGACGUGGUGGCCCAGUUCAACACGGCCAAUGACAUUGACAUGAUUUGCAGAGCCCACCAGCUUGUCAUGGAGGGCUACAAGUGGCACUUCAACGAAACCGUGCUUACCGUGUGGUCGGCACCUAACUACUGCUACAGGUAUCGCCAUCUGUACUACAUUUUGUAUAUAAGAAGAAGAAUGAUAAUACUAAGCCCAAGUGACCUACAUUCACCUACAUCAAGCUGGAUUCACUUACCAACCAAAUGCAUGGUUCUGAUAGCAUUAAAGGAGAACCGAUGUCCUCUCUAGAAUGCCAGAUGAAUGACUCGCAUCCAUAACGACAGGGUCUUAAUUAUUAGUAGAGCUGUAAAUUAACCUGAUUUGAGUCCCUGUCUCUUCCUCUCAGGUGUGGUAAUGUGGCGGCCAUUUUGGAACUUGACGAGCACCUCCAGAAGGACUACAUCAUAUUCGAAGCCGCCCCACAGGAAACCAGAGGCAUCCCCUCCAAAAAGCCUGUGGCCGACUACUUCUUGUGA